UUGGUUUUCUUUGAAGAAGAGCUGUCACCAGAAAUCGAGUACUUUGACGAUUUUCUGCCGUGGUUCUACAAUUCGACAAAAUUCCGAGAAGAUUUACUUUACGAAAAGAAAAAGUAUCUGAGCAGUAUACGUCAGCAACACAGAAAACUCCGUGUACUUUAA